GGAACCUUGAAUAGUCGCCGGUGUUAGAACCGGAUUCAGAGUUCUCCGUUACAAUUUUUCCAUCAAUUUUCUUCAAUGAUGUGUUAGAUAAAUGCCAAGUGGAAGAUUCUAUUUUAAGGGACAAGAUUUGUCCUUGUCAACGGAAGCACUUCAUUUCAAACCUGUAUAAAUACCAAACGUAGUUAUUAUUUCAUUUGCAGAUCCACACCACCAAAGUUUAUAGUCUCUCUCUUUCUCUCCCCUUUCGUGAUCAAUGGCUGACGGCUCGGUGGUUCCAAUAGACAGAAAGGUAGUUCGGAAGUUCAAAACCGAAGAAGAUGUGGCAGUGGCUCUGGCGAAAUACAUAGCUGAUCUAUCGGAUAAGUUCAUCAAAGUGAAAGGUUCUUUCACCGUCGUCCUCUCUGGAGGUACCCUCAUCGACACCAUGAGGAAAUUAGUGGAGCCUCCUUACCUUCAUGGGGUGGAUUGGACGAAGUGGUACAUCUUUUGGGUGGACGAGAGAGUAGUCCCGCUCGAUAGUCCCGACAGCAACUAUAAACUUGCCCACGAUGGUUUUCUAUCAAAGGUAUCCAUUCCUUCCCAUCAGAUCUAUCCCAUCCACUAUAAACCAGGACCGCAGGGACCGGAGUUUGCAGCCAGGGAUUACGAGGAACGUCUCAGAAAGUUGGUGGAGAAGAAAAUCUUACCUUUAUCACCGGUCACUGGGUUUCCGAUAUUUGAUCUGAUGCUGCUAGGUAUGGGACCAUGUGGGCAUGUGGCUUCAUUGUUUCCUAACCGUUCUCAACAAAAUGAUAAAAAGGACUGGGUCACCUUCAUCACAGACUCACCAAAACCACCUCCACCAAGGAUCACUUUCACCUUUCCUGUGAUCAACACGGCUUCGGAGAUUGCAAUGGUGGUAACUGGGCUCGAGGUAUCUCUUGCAACCCAUGUUGCUCUGAAGAGCAAGCAUCAUGAUUUUGGUCUGCAAGGUCCUCUACCUGUUCAAAAGGUUUCAGCAGAAGUGUUGCUGACCUGGUUUCUGGACGAAAACGCUGCUUUUCAGCAGUAGAUCUGUGCAUGUGCAUUAUUGUGCGAGUUUAUGCACAUGAUGACAUGACAAAUCGGCAUAUGUAUCUUGUAUUGUGUUGCUUGUUUGGUGUGUUUGUUGCUUGGCCCUUUUGCUGUGGUGUUGGGUCACUGGGCGCUUAAUUUGCUCUUUUAAUAGAGGGACAUAUCUCCCUAUGUAAUUCUGUCAUAUAUCGUGAUAUGCUUUAGCUUUGACAAAAAUCAGUAAAUGGCUUUGCUUGUUAGUCCUUGUAAGACAUCAUUCAAGGUGGGGGAUGUCGAACGAUCUAAAGAAAUACGAGAGA